CUCGCGACGACGAAACAACCAGCAGCAGGCUGAGACCUUCGUCAACACCAGCAAUGACGACCACGCGAUGGUAUAUGGCUAGAUUCUAAGUUUUAUAUAGCCGCAAGCAUGGCUCCGACCCAUCGCCGUACCAAGUCGUCUGGGCCCCCGCCGCCGUCCAAAACCUUGGUGCUCGACAAUGGCGCGUUCACCAUCAAAGCUGGCUUCUCGUCGCCUUCUAUCGAAGUGACCCAAGACUCGUGUCAUAUCAUACCGAAUUGUAUGGCACGGGAUCGCGAACGAAAGGUCUAUAUCGGCUCAGAGCUGGAGAAAUGCAAGGAUUUCGGCGACAUAGCUUUCAGGCGCCCUGUAGAGAAAGGCUACAUCGUGAACUGGGAAGCCCAGAAGGAAAUAUGGGAUCACGAAUUCUUUGACAAGAAAGCAAAACUACACUGCGAUCCGUCAGAAACAGGGCUCAUUCUUACUGAGGCGCCGAAUUCCCUGCCUGUGCUACAGACCAAUUGCGACCAAGUCGUUUUUGAGGAAUUCGGCUUCGCGUCGUAUUAUCGCGCUCUUGGACCGACCCUCAAUGCAUACAACGACAUACAGGCUAUAUUUAAAGCCCCACCACGCGAUGCUACAGGCCCUGUGGCUCCCGCCGAAGUCCUCCUUCUCAUCGACUCUGGUUACUCUCAUACGACCGUCACACCAUUACUACAGGGUCGUCCACUACAAUCUGCAAUCCGCCGACUAGAUGUUGGGGGGAAGCUGAUGACGAACUACCUCACCCGUCUAUUGUCUCUUCGACAAUUCGAUAUGCGAAACGAAACUUACUUAAUGAACGAGAUUAAAGAGGCAGCUUGCUAUGUCACCAAAGACUUCAAUACUGACCUGGAACUAUCCUGGAAAGGAACUAAAGGCGAAAAGAGGGAAAGCUAUAUGACUGGUGGGGGCAUAGCAAAAGAUUAUGUUCUACCAGAUUACCACAAUAUAACAAAGGGAUACCUCCGUGACCAUGAUCCCAAACUGGCAGGCAACUUGAAGAAGAUUGCAGCCGGGAAGGCGGUGGAGAACCCAGAGGACGUUUUGACCCUCAGAAAUGAACGAUUUACGGUCCCAGAACUACUAUUCAAUCCUAUGGAUAUCGGCCUACGACAGCCUGGACUUGCUCAAGUUGUGAUGCAAAGUCUUUCUGUUUUGCCCAUCGGGCUUUGGCCUGGGCUUCUGGCAAAUGUCGUUGUCGUUGGAGGCAAUGCGAAUAUCGACGGGUUCAUACAUCGUCUACAGGCUGAGAUUAUGGCAUUUGCACCUUCUGAGUGUAUGGUUCGUCUUGCCCGACCAACCAGCCCAAGCCCGAUAGUGAGCACCUGGCAAGGUGGAGCAAACCUCGCACGCGAUGAGGCAUUGCUUAGCAAGCUAUCAGUUACGAAGCAGGAGUAUGAAGAGCACGGAGGAGCGUGGGUAGCAAGAAAAUUUGCAAACGCUGGCGUCUAAAAUAUCAAAGACCUAUACUUUCCUCUUGACAAGA